UGGCGGUGGCGGUUCUUGUGUCGUACGGCGGGUAAUUGCCUCGGACAACAGCUGCUUGUUCAACGCGGUGGGGUACGUGAUGGAGAGGUCCAGAAGCAGAGCGGAUGAGCUCAGAAAGGUGGUUGCCAGGGUGGUUGCCAACGACCCCAUCACGUUCAACGACGGCUUUUUGGGCAAAGAUGUACGAGAGUAUUGCGAGUGGGUAUUACGGAAGGACAAGUGGGGCGGAGCCAUAGAGCUCUUCAUCCUGUCGCAGUACUACGGCAAGGAGAUUGCGGCAUUUGACAUACAGACAAAGAGAUGUGACGUGUACGGACAGGACAAGGGCUAUUCUGAUCGCGCCCUGCUGAUCUACGACGGCCUUCACUACGACGCGCUGGCGGUGGCGGCCUUCGAUGCCGCCCCCGAGGAGCUGGAUGUGACCAUGUUCUCUCGGGGGGGAAGGGAGGGGGCGGCCAUCAUGCAGGCGGCGGAGAAACUGGUGCCCACACACGCGGUACGGCAGUUUACGGACACCGCCAACUUUACAUUGAGAUGCGGCGUGUGCCAAAUUGGUCUCAAGGGUGAGAAGGAGGCAGUGGAGCACGCCAAGGCCACGGGGCACACGAACUUCGCGGAGUACUGA